CAAUCAGAGAAAAGGUAAACAAAAAUCUCUUUCAGACACAGUUUCUCUUUCUCUCUCUCUCUCUCUCUGAAUCGUUUUGUUUCCAAAAUGAAAGAAAUGGAAGCUGCGAUGGGACUGAUGCGGAGGAUUCCGCCGAAACACACAGAAACAGCUCUCUCUGCGCUUCUCAGUCUUAUGCCUAACCACUCUUCCGAUCUCCUCUCUCAAGUCGAUCAACCCCUUCAGGUUUUGUGUGAUGUGGACUGUGGGAAGGAGUUCAUAUUGUGUGAAUAUAACAGAGAUGCUGAUUCUUACAGAUCACCUUGGUCAAAUAAAUACCAUCCACCAUUAGAAGAUGGGUCGGUUCCUUCUUCAAAGAUGAGGAAGCUUGAAUCUGAAGCAAAUGAAAUAUUUGCUAUAUAUCGUGACCAGUAUUAUGAAGGUGGCAGUUCAUCAGUUUAUAUGUGGGAAGAUGAAAAUGAAGGUUUCGUAGCUUGCUUUUUGAUAAAGAAAGAUGGCUCAAAGACAGGGCAAGGUCGACGGGGAUAUCUAGAGGAAGGAGCAUGGGAUGCCAUACAUGUUAUAGAGGUGGGACCAGAGGAAGAAGAAAACACCAGUUAUCGGUUAACCAGUACAGUUAUGUUGACUUUGACUACAAAUAAUGAAGCAUCGGGAACCUUCAGUUUGUCUGGAUCAAUUAGACGUCAGAUGAAUAUGAAGCUAUCGUUUGCUGAUGGACAUCUUUGUAACAUGGGAAGGAUGAUUGAAGAAAUGGAGGGUAAGCUGAGGAACUCACUUGAUCAGGUAUACUUUGGGAAGACAAGAGAAAUGGUUUGCACACUAAGACCACCGUCUGAAGUGGCGCAGAUGAGAAUGCCCGAGAGCUGAUCGCAUUACACCAUGUGGCGGAGACAAAUUUUACUCUGUUUUCUUCUUAUGUUUUAGCAUAUUGGCUGGCUGGUAAUUUGUGUUACAGUAUUUGAAGUAGGCAGAUUCAUAUGGAUUGAUUGGUGCGGAUGAUCUUUGUUUUACUGAGGUAGUUCUGCUUGUUUGAAUGUAAACUGUUGUGUUCUGUAGUGGAUAGCAAUAUAGCACCAUGUUUGUUGUUUUCUUGUUGAUAUUGAAUGAUGAUUCAACCUUGUAACUUGGAAUGAAUGCCUGAACCUAAGCCUCAUUUACUUUGCCAAAACAUUA